AUGGCUCUUUCUUUAGCUGGUAAAACAGCCAUUGUGACCGGAGCCGGGUCAGGCAUCAAUCUGGCGUUCGCUCGCAGUCUCCUCGCCCGACAAUGUAACGUCGUCCUCGCAGACGUUGCACUCCGUCCGGAUGCUGAGGACCUGGUCAACAAGCACAGUAGCCGAAGUAAGCUGUCGAAUGGCCGGGCGGUAUUCACCAAGACGGAUGUAAGGCAUUGGGGCGACCUCGAACAAAUGUUUGAAGUUGCUAGUAAGGAGUUUUCAGGCGCUGUCGAUGUCGUGUGCCCUGGCGCCGGCGUUUAUGAGCCCACAUGGUCUUCUUUCUGGCACCCACCAUCAUCUCCUCUUUCCAAAGACUCGCCCACGUCGAACAAUUACGACUCCAUCUCCAUUAAUAUCACGCACCCAAUCCGCACAACCCAGCUGGCAAUCCAACAUUACCUCCGCACCCGGCCUCGACCGUCACCUUCAAGAUCACCAGAAUUUCCAACUCCGAUGAAUAUUGUACACAUCUCAAGCAUUGGCCACCAGAUUUCGCCCUUUGCACCCGCUCUCUACUGUGCAGCUAAGCACGCCAUCUCCAGCUUCGCCCGUAGCCUUUCUCCCCUUCACCAGCGUCUCGGAAUCCGUGUGACGGCGGUCGCGCCAGGAGUCAUUCGCACACCCUUAUGGAUGGACGAUCCCAUCAAACGUCAGUGGCUCACUGAAGACGAUCAGCUCGUGACCCCAGAGACAGUAGCGGACUGCAUGCUAGAUUUGGCCAGCGAAGAGCAGAUUAUGGUGCAGGGUGAGGGCUCUGAGUGGUUCCCCGGGGGAAGGAAAUAUGAGAUCGAAGGUGGGAUGAUUGUAGAGGUCAGCGCAGAGGGAAGAAGGAUCGUGAAACAGGUCAUGGAUCCAGGACCACAAAAAAGAGCAGGCAACACGUUCUUAGGGCUGACUUCAGGAAAGUCUAAGCGGUGGUUUGGAGUUCAAAUAAAGACAGGAAAUGAGAAUUAUCGACCUGACAUUGAUCCUGUACACGCUACACGGCUCGAUGAUGCACACAAAUCGAGUAAUAAUUGCUCUUCAUGCGACGAAGAUCUUUCGCCCGAGGGCCGCUAA